AGGAGCGGGUACCUGUCAAAUUCGGGUACCCGCUCCCACUUCCAGUCCGAUCGCCUAGGCGACUGGAAGCGGAAGGUGUCCUCCCUCCCUGUAGCCAUUUGUGACAGGUCCCAGAAGACUACAGGACCAUUCAUGAAGCGCAGCACUUCUCAUGCAUGCGCAGUGGGUAUUUGGCUGUGAAGCUGAAAGCUGUCACAGCCGGGUGCCCACACUGAAGAUGACGGCCUCCUGGAAUACAGGACGGCCGUUGAAACGGGCUUCGGGGGACACACCGAGG